ACUAGCAUUCACUCAUGGCAGCAUCGACUCUGUUUCCGCAGUAGGGCCAGGAACCACUCCUCGGCCAGCGCGCAGCCUGAGGAGGACCGCAGGGACGCCCAUGGCCCGGCGGCGGCGAUGACCGGGGCGCAGGUGGAGGCCGCGCUGAACCGCAAGAACGUCGAGGUGCUCCAGGACGAGGAGGAGCACGUUGCCACGGGCACCGUGCUGCCACAUCGCCACGAGACCAUCGGCGGCGCGCUGGAUGGCGGCGAGGAAGCGUCGUGGGUGCCCGACCAAGACACGGGCGUCUUCGUCCCCGCCGAUGCCGACGCCGACGCUGAUGACCACUGCGGGGGCGCGCAUCCGGCCCCACCGCACCUGUACGGAGGCGUGGGCAGGCUGGCUUCGGUACUGGACCAGGCGGUGUUCGUCCGGGAGGAGGAGAUGGAGGACGUGGAGAGGCCCGCCAUGGACCUGACCGAUGUCAACAGCGGCAGCAAUAACUGCUAAACAAGGAUCCAAGCCUAUUGGAAAUAUAACUGCUAAACAAGGAGACUCCCAAUUUUGGAAGGAGUUAUUGAAACAUAGGGAUCAUUUUACCUCUUUAUGUAAAUUCAUAAUAGGAGACGGAGGUAACACCAGAUUUUGGGAAGACUGGUGGAUUGGA